AUGGCUAGAUCAAAGAGGCAAACAAAGGUUUCUGUAGAGUGUAAGUAUGGAUUUGGAAUUCCUGGUGUCCUGGGCUGUGUUGAUGGUACACAUGUGGCAUUAGUGAAGCCUUCAGAGCAUGAAGAACGUUUUUUUAAUAGAAAACACUAUCAUUCUAGAAAUGUUCAAAUAAUAUGUGACAGUGAUCUUAAUAUAUUAAAUGUGGAUGCUACUUUUGGCGGAGCUACUCAUGAUGCAUAUAUUUGGCGCAAUUCGGAAAUAAAUAAUCAUUUGCAGCAGCUUCAUAAUAAUGGUGAAAGCAUUUGGUUAUUAGGCGACUCUGGAUAUCCACUGCGGCCGUGGCUUCUGACUCCUAUUGUUAACGCUGUUCCUGGGACUGCAGAAGACCAUUACACGAAUGUCCACUGCAGUGCUAGGAAUACUGUUGAACGUUGCAUAGGAGUUUUGAAAACGCGUUGGCGAUGUUUGUUGGCACAUAGAGUAUUGCAUUAUGACCAUCACACUGUGGCAAAAAUCAUAAACGCAUGCUGUGUUUUACACAACAUUGCUAACCAACAAGGAACGGAAGUCAAAGAGCUAUCAGAUGAAUAUACUAGACAUGAUUCUGACCGCCAAAUAUCUGACACCAUCAGCAUUGAUGAUGAAACACAUCAAUUAGAACGUGGUCGUUUACAACGAUCACUUAUUUUGCAGCGUCUCUGGAGGGAGAGGAGACCAUAGCCUUUAUUUAGUGUUGUACAAACUUUAUCUAGUAUGUAAACCUAAGAAUAUUUAUAUUUAUAAAGCAGAAACCAAUGAUGAUAUGAUUGUUAAUAUUUGUAUGUGGUUAAUAAAUAUACUGAAAUAAAGGCACUAACUCACCACCUGUAAUGUAACGUUACAAAGUCGAGCAUUACAUAGGGAAUUUAGGAAAAACUUUCAUCACAAAAUCGAACUUGUAAUGUUAGAUUACAGAUUGUGAGGAAGCACUUUAUUCAAAAAGAAUUUACUUGAACUAUCUGUAGGUACUUACUAAUAAUUGUGUAAAGAUAAAAAUAUUAUACAUAGCAAAAGUAGUUUAUGAUAAUAAGUAGUUAAUUUAAUAGUGUUCACUCAUGAUAUUAUUUUAAAUUGAGUUUAGUUUAGGCAUAGGCAAAUAAUUGUUUAAAUUUUUUCUGGUUAUUAUCGUAUCGUUAUUUUUUGGUUACUUAAUUUUAGAUUAUUAGAAGAAUGCUUAGUUUAGAUUAUAAAUAUAAUGAUUAUCUUGUGUACUGAACCUUUCUAUUUUUGUGGUGUGAUUGUGUGAUGCAAUAAACAUGUCUAUAUAUGAGUCAAUGUGUACUGAAACUGUAGGUAUGUACUUUCUACCUUCAUAUUUCACUUGUGUAAAUUAAUUCAAUUUUUUGUAUCAGAUAUUUCAAAUAUUAAUAACUAUAUUAGUAAAAACAAAUGAAAUAUUUUCAAAUAAAACAAUAAUUUUAAAAAUGUGAAUGAGAAAAAUGUGUCUCAAUAAUCUAUGAAUAAUAAUUAAUCAGAUUUUGAAUACUUAAUGGCAAAAAUAAUGAAUUUGGAAUUAAAAUAAUGAUAACACAAACGUGAAACAAUGUUAUUUAUUCCCUAAACAAUUUUUUAACACAUUGGUCAGUUCGCGCAGCGCCUAAGCCAGAGUCUCUGUAAGGGCUAGCUGUCUGCGCAAUAUAUCCAACUCGUCCCUC